AUGACUGAAAAAAUAAGGAUUAUAAACUUAGAAGCAAAAAUAGACAACGAACCAACUCAUGUCGACGAAAGUUCGUCUGCUGUUUUAAAAUACAGAACUCCAAAUUUCCGGGCAACAGCUUCAAUUGAAAUGGCACCACUUGAAGAAGGUGAGAAAUGGAAAGUUGGAUGGAUUCAAGCUUGCACUGAUAUGAUGUUCCAUAAUACAUAUGGAGAGGAUGGAUUUACAAGUUGGGAGUUUCCUGAAUUAACAAGUGGGAAACAAAUUAUGAUCAGUGACUGUGAUGGAAGACAUUAUCCAUGGUAUGGUUCGCGCAAUGAAACAGCCAUAUUUGAAGGCUUUUCAGAUGUUUGUCAGACAGCAACUAUAACCAUGAAUGACAAUUUUCAUCCUCAUGUCACAUGGCGAAAUCCAGCAAAUCGAAACCAAUCUAGUCCAAAUCUAACUCAUAUUAUCCGUGAUCAGAGUUUUUAUGUUUGGUUAGUUGUAUGGAACAUGUCCUCAAUGAAAUCAUUCAUUCUACAAACAAUUCAAUGGAGAAUGGAAUUAGAAAUAGAGGUUGAUCCAUCCAAGAGUUUAGGUCACCGAGCAAAAUUAAUCAGUAACCCAGUUCCAAGACAACCUAUACUUUUAGACAAAAAUGUGCCUAUACCACGCUGUGCCUUGGUGCCACCAAAUGCAAACAGUGCUCAAAUGUUAGUAUGGAGAGCUGCAAGUAGCCGACCUUUGUGUAUCAUCCCCCCAGUUUGGUCUGCAGAUGAAAAAGAUAAGUCUAAAAAGGCUAAAAGUAAAUUAUGA